AUGACACCGGACGUGGAGCCCGCGGGCCGCGGAACCCAUGUGAAUGGGUUCGCCGAUAGCGCAAAGACCCAUCAAACGAGCAACAACCCAUACGAAACCAAUCCAGAUCACAUUCCACACGAGGAUCCUUUUCUCGCCCUAAGCGCACAAUAUGGCCGAUAUGCCCCGCAUCCCGACGAUUUCACCCCUCACCACAAGGACUGGUAUCAAUCUGACCCCGACGCAAAUACCUUCUGGGUAGAAGUUGUGGAGAAAUACUGCACCCCGGAGCACUCCCUCAACACCUCGGGACCUAGAGAGGCAUUCGCUGCAGGCAGCGUGAUCAUAUGGGUUGACCGUGAGCCUGCGGGCGCAGCCUCAGAACGAUUUUCAUGUGUGAAUGCCAAUGAAUUAUCCGCCGCACGAAAAGUGGAGGAGUCGCUCAGGGAGGUUGGUGUUGCGGUUCCAGUAAUUUAUUACUGUGGCACAAUCGAAGGACGCAAUGUGACCGUGGAAUCUAGAAUUCCUGGGGUCUCACUCGAAGUCGCCGGGCGUUACCUCACUCCAAAACAAAUCGCUGGCUUCAAGAACCAAUGCCGCCAAAUCUUACAAAUCCUCGCCGCCAUCGACCCCGCUCUGAACGAACCUUCUUACGUCUGUCGCGGACUCAACUCCCAGGAAUCACCUUCCGGCCAAGAAAAGGAGCACACGAUACUCUUCUCCGAGAAAACCUUGAAGGAGGAAAUGUGCUUUACACACAACGAUUUGGUGCCUGGGCAUAUAAUUUUGAAGGACGACCGGGUCGUCGGUAUUACUGGCUGGCGACAAAGCGGAUAUUUUGGCUUUGAGAGGGCCAAGAAAAUACACCGGUUAUUGAGGAACACCGGAUUGCCCAAACCAAAAGGUGGAAAGGCUGCGACAUGGUCAGAUCUUUAUAACAGUGAUUAUGACCCUAGUCAAGGUACACCGCUGGUUGCAAGUGAAGAUAUCCCCCUUCCAUCUGUCAAAACCGAACCCACUGGGGAUGAUUUUGAAACCAAAUCAUUUGGGGGUGAUGGAGCAAAUGAUUAUCCAACCUCAAAAACACUUGCCAAUCUUAGGAAUGGAGUCAACUCCCGAGCAUCAUCAUCUGAUCGGUCCUCCCCAGCAAAUUCGGUGAAGCCUUCAAACAAAAAGGCGCCUCUCAAGAAAAAGCCUGCUGCCAAGAAGCGCAAGGCCAAUGACCCAGAUACAGAUAGCCUUGAUGGGCGAAGAUCUAACACUCCUGCAUCCCGCACGGGCCAAAUACCUGGCAAAAAGCAGGAUUCUCUGUCAAUCGCAGGAUCGCCUGCACCUGAAAAUAAGAAAAAGCCUAAAAGGCGUCCAAAAAGACAAGCUGAUGCUGCGGCUGGAGACGACGAAGAAUCGGAUGAAAAUGCCAUUUUCUGUAUCUGCCGACGGCCUGAUAAUCAUACAUGGAUGAUCGGUUGCGAUGGUGGAUGUGAAGAUUGGUUCCAUGGCAAGUGUGUUGAUAUCGAGUCUCGUGAUUCUGAGUUGAUCGACAAAUACAUCUGUAAGCUACUUCCUCCCACCGACCUUUCCGUCUUAUAUCUUGCUUCUAACCAGAUGAAAACAGGUCCAAACUGCAGCCAGAAUGGCAAGGGCUGCACAACAUGGAAGCCAAUGUGUCGUCUUCUGGAAUGUCGAAAACCGGCUCGCGUUGGUCAGAGGAGCAAGUAUUGCUCUGAUGACCAUGGCCAUGAAUUCAUGCGUCGUCAAAUUUGCAACCUUAAAUUAGCGCCGGAGAGGAAAGGACAAGAGGAUCUGGGAAGCAUGGGUGGCAUUCUCACACCCGGUGACCUCCGUGCCGCGAUUAUGGGGGUCACCUCCGUGGAGGAGUUCCGGAAACUGGGUGAUAGGAUCUUGCCGCUGUCACCAGAACCCAUCAAGAAGGAGAUGACCAACGGUGACCACAAAGAGGAGUCAUCAAAGACUGUCGACGAAGACUUCAACAUGGACGCACCCAAUGCGGAAUAUUCGGCCGAGGAGGCAGCUAAGAUCGAAAAAAUCCGGAUCCGACGGGACGAGCUCAUCCACCGCAAAGAAAUGAUUGCUGCUCGCACCACAUUCUUGAACCUGCUACGCCCGAGAGCGAAGGGCUUAGUUGAAAAGUUGAAGCAACUUGAGCCCAAAGGCGGAUGGAAGGAUAUCUGUGGUUUUGACAUGCGACUCUCGUGGUCUGACGAGGAAUUCGAUGACUGGAGACUGUCUGAAGCUGGCAAAGUUGCGCUUGUGGAGGGUACAGUUGAAGCCAUGGCUUUCAGCUACCCCGACAAUGACACACCCAUGGACGGUACAGAUGAAGACCAAGUCAGCUUCAUUACCCGUGGGGUUUGCACAAAGAAACGUUGCGAGAGACACAAGCAAUGGAUGAAGGUGCAACAGCAAGAUAUGGUAUUUGAAGAAGAAACGACAGACGCAGAUCUUGCCAAGUAUGCGACAGAAGCACGCUCUGUCGCUGAGAGGGCCGUUCUGAGGAGGUGGGCGGAGAAGGAAAAUGUGCUCACGAAUGGUAGGUAG